AUGAAAACAUUAAAUAAGUUUAAAAGUAAUGUUGUGAAUGCAUUUCACUCUGGACCAAAAACAAUAGAUCAAAACUUUGAAAGUGCAAGAAAAGAGUUUAUUACAUUGUCGGAUUCAGUUCAGAAUACAUAUCAAUCACUUUUAAAGAAUGAUAAACAUUUACAAAAAACAUUUAUAAAUCCAAGUAGUUUGAAUAAGAAUAUUCAAGCAUACUUCCCAAGUGAUCAUCCUUUGACUAUGUACACUGCCGAGGUUAUCAAACAGGUGGAACACUCUUUCAAUGACUGGGUCAACAGUCAAAAGACAAACUACGAGAUGAUUCAGCAGUACAGUGCGAAAAUCAAGUUUAUCAAAGACACCAUCUCCGAUCGUGACUCGCUCCUCUCAGAGAUGGAGAAAUCGCAGUCCAAGAUCAAGGAGAUGAAAGAGAAGCCACCCAAAGACCCAUCGAAACUCACCACCGAAGAGAACAACUACAACGUCAAAAAGGAGUCCUACGAGAACACCAAUUUCAAGGCUAUGUCAGAGAUGUCGCAGUUCUUUGAAGACAAACAAGCUUACUUUGAUCGUCCACUUCAGAACAUCGUUCUAUCACUCGGUUAUCUCUAUAGUUCGAUCUCGAUGAAUCAUCAAUCUCACACCGCCAUCCUCGAGAAGAAUCCACCCUAUUUCAACCCGGUUGCACCGCUAAUGGGAUCGGCACCAGAGAACUAUCAAGCACAGGCUGCCAUCUCCUCGACUUUCGCCACCGCACAGUCACAGCCACUUCCACCAAGACGUUCAUCGCCACCUCCAUUCCCAAACGGUGCCAACCAAACAGCUUCUGCUCCAACACCAAUGGCACCACCAGCCAGACCACCUCCACAACCUUCUCCAGGACAAUAUCAACAACCACCUCCACAGCAACAGCAACAGCAACAAUAUCAACCACCACAGCCUGCUCCAGGACAAUAUCAACAGCCACCUCCACAACAGCAACAAUAUCAACCACCACAGCCUGCUCCUGGACAAUAUCAACAACCUCCACCCAGACCAGCAGGUGGACAGCAAACACCAUUCCAAGCAGCACCUCCACCCAGACCAGCAGGUGGACAACAAACACCAUUCCAAGCAGCACCUCCACCAAGACCAGCGGCACCAGGUAGUCAACCACCAAGAAGACCCCCAUCUACUCAAUAUCAACCACCACAACCAGCAGCUCCAGGUCAAUAUCAACCACCACAACAAUAUCAACCACCACAACCAGCAGCUCCAGGUCAAUAUCAACAGCCACAACAACAAUACCAACCACCACAACCCGCUCCAGGUCAAUAUCAACAACCAGGUCAAUACCAACAACCAGGUCAAUAUCAACAACCUGCAUAUCAAUCUGCAGUUAAUGAUUAUGCGACUGGUGUUGUAACAAAUCCAGAAUAUCAAAGACAAGCAGGUAGUGCGGUUGCCAAUAAGGCAAACGAUCCAAAUGUACAAAAUCAAGUUGGAUCACAAAUUGCUAAUAAUUCAAGUAACCCAUAUGUAAAGAAAGCAGCAGGUAACUCUUCAGUUCAGUCAUUCGGUGGUAAGGCUUUUGGUGCCGCCGCAAAUAAUAGUCAAGUCCAACAGGCCGCAGGUAAUGCAGCUGCCAAUCAAAUCAAUCAACCAAGAAAAUAUUAA